AUGGCUCUUUCAGUGACGCGAGGCUGCAGUCGUUUGGCCCCUAAGCGAGCCAAUUCGCUGCCCGCCGCUGUCAGACGAGCGGCUGCGGUCGGAUCAUCGUCCGGGGGCGGCGGCCGCCCCGAUUCGAAGUCGCGCGCACGCCGGUGGACCACUUGUAGCGAGUGGUACUGCCUGGAAAUUGAAGAGAUGACUAUGACAAAGGCAAUAAAUGCCACAGUUGAGGGUUUGUGGUGCCAGCUUGUGGCAUAUGUGCCGCGGGUAUUUUCACAGCUAAUGCAGUACCAUUUGCGUUCAUUGGAAGAUAGAAUUCGGCCCGUACGAGGAAGAUACUCACUUUUCCCUUCUGGUAUGCCGUUUGGGCUCGCUGUAAAUGAGACUAUCAGCACUGCGCUGACCCCUGUCGUAGGCGACCCUUUGCAAAGGCGGAAAUUCCUGCGGAUAUCCGUGAUAUGGUUGUUGCAACGAUCGCCACGAGAUGGCGUCCACCUGGAACCCUGGUGCACCGCCUCCUCUGCCAAGAUGAAUCUCUACGAUGGGAACGUGACAUCCUACCGCGAGGUGGCAGAGUUGACACCACAAGACGGUGGUCGACCACAUGCCAGCUGUAACCAUCGGCCAUCAUCGCCGAACGAGAUCCACACUAGAGGGUGCGGCAACGUCGCGAAUACCGGCAAUGUCGCCCGGUUGUCUGCCGAUGCAGCCAAUGGAGGUUUUCUUGGUCAUACAAUCUUGAUAUCAAACCCAAUUAAAACCAGUCGAAGUGGGAAACCUCAACCAACCUUGCAUAUACCGGUUUUUCAACAAAACCCUUUCCUGUGCGUAGCCACCAUCCUGAAGGAAUAUAUUGACAGAACAGCUAGCUUGAGAGAACCCGACAACGAUUUUCUAUUCGUGACAUAUAAAAAACCACAUACCAGGGCGUCCAAAGACACUUUAAGCAGAUGGGAAUCAAUUUGUAUAAGUGUUAGAAAACCAUACACUAUGAGAGCGAUUAUCGAAUCCAUGCAUGAAAUCCAGCAUCAGAUAUUCAUUCUAUAUCGACGAAUCUUCAAUCUGAAUGGUCACAAAGUGGUAGACAAGACUGUUCCGCUACUGACUGCCAAAAACGGCUCCGACCACAAAAACAAUCCCCAAUACAGAGUCCGUCCCUAUAUUUUUGCUGCUCGUCCGUCGAGUCCCCAGCCAUUAGUGAACGGCGAAGUUGCAGACUGCAGAAAUGUGAUGCUUACUGCAGAAGAGUUUUGGAGACAAAUCACCGAUGAAAAUACAGAUAGAGUUUGUUGGGUCCCAACGACAUCAGGUUUGACAGCCGACGCGGACUUGACUAGGAAGAACAUCUCCAAUCUGUAUGAUCAUAGGUUAAGGCGUGAAAUAGAAUGUAUGGAUGUUAAACCUACUGACAAAUCUCUUACGUGGCUCUCGGAUCUCGGAUGGUAUAUGCAACCUGCAUUAUUGUCAUUAUCUGAUAUCGAUCGGAAUCGACAACGAGUGCCGAUGCUCCUUAAGCCCGCUUACAUCCUAAUUCCCCAACCCUAUCUUGUAAAUUUGUUCGACAAGAUUGUUCUGAUAAAUCACAUAGGUGAAUUGCAUCUUAGAUGCCUCAGACGAUCCGAUCAUGAAGCAGGUCAAGCAUUCAGCAUUACAUCUUUGUGCCUGUACAGGAAACCAGCUACCGACACCGCAGCUGUAAAUUAUCCAUCAGAGUAUGUCAUUUUUUUCCCGAAGCGCAUGGUCUACGUGUUAUCAGCAAUCUGCCUUUUACCGUAUCAUGCAGAAUUCAUGCCACCUUUCUACAUAAAUCUUGUGUUAACAAACAAAUAA